AUGUAUAAAAUGAGCCAAUGUCACAAAGUGCAGAGAGUAAAGAGGGCGACUCUGCGGGCACGGGGGCAUCGAGCAAGGCACGCAUCUUGGACACGGCCCAUGACGGCACCGACGAUGGGUCUGAUGGCUGUGCGGAAGGGCGCUCCUGAUCUGGCGUGGACGCUGCGUUGUCUGCGGCCGAGGUCAUGGUGCGUGGCGAGGGAUGGCGAACAAGGUGCCCGCGGACGCUGA